AUGUCUGUCACACCUCCUCUGCUGCGUGGAUCUUCAUCCGAAGAUGAUCCUACUGGCCCUACAGCUACAAACAGAUGGGGUACUGUCUCAGGUGGAAUGCUCAGUCCGCCGCCGGCUCCUUCAUCAGGCGCCGGUGUUCGUCGUAAUCACACCAUCCACGGUGCUCGACAUCAUGGUAAACCUCGAUUGGAAAAGCACUUUGAGCAGCCAGAGGAUCUAGCUCCCACUCCCACGCUCGCUGACCGCGCUGCAUCAGGGCCUUCAGUGUCCCAGAACCCUUCAGACGGCGAUGAAAAUCGAUCCCAUGUAAUUCAUAGCUCUCCUUCCUUCAACGACGAUGCUUCGCUCGACCUGCUUGCUUCGCCAUCGACAAAAUCCGACACAGCAGGAGACUUUGUAGCGUCGCUCACACCGCUGCAAGCUCUAUACUCAAGAUCGAGUGUUUCCCGAAACCUGUCGCUGCCAAGCCGUCACUCGACCAAGGUUGUAUCGAACUUGUCUAGUAACGCCACGCAGGGCCGAACAAGCUUGUUUAACAGCCUUUCCGCCAUCACCGGAGGUUCUGAUCUCGACGAACAUGACUGGGAAAAGCUCAUCCACUCUAGCAAUGCUCUCGGCGAUGAGCAUCAACAGGAUCCGCAUGCUUUAAAUAGCCUGUCGCUUCAGCAUGAUCACCCAUGGUCUUCUUCGCUCUUUCCGCAAGGGCAGAUUGGUGCGCCGACCGAUUCAUCCCUACCGACAUCGCCCAUCUCUCGACCUGACCCCUUCCUGGAUGCACAUCACCUUGAUCGCAGCAACGGCAGCGUCGACACCUUCGAUCAGUCUGCACAAACCGACACGCAAGCUCUACCGGGCUCGGCGAAUCUCGUACGUCGUCAUCAAUCGCUCAAUCACCACGCCGGGCGCUCAGCAGCUCAACGGCUUGCGGCUCGCUCCAGCGACCUUCUUCGCCAGUAUAACGCAGGUGACACAGCCGAUCCAACCAUGUCUCCUUACUCGUCCCGAACCGAUGCUGCUUUCAGCCCAGUGCGUCACACUAUCAGUCUCUCUGCCGCUAGCAGCCCCGUGAUGCCAUCAAGCUACUCCAAGGUGCCCUGGCAUCAACCGACACAGGAUCCGAUCGGUUCGCCAUCGCGCUUUGCGGCUUCCUUUCCAUCGCAGAAUCUCGAGCCUUCCCACUCCCGGGUGCCCUCCACGAUGGACGGUUCUUCAUCUCCUUUGACCGACGUGACAGCGCAUCUGUCAUGCCUCGAGAUCUCUGGCUCUUCUGCACUGGCCGGAGAUAGCACUCAAGCUUCACGGGCGCUGGCGACAUCGACAAGCCACUCGACGCCUCCCGAUUCAUCGACGCAAAGUGAAAGCACCAUUGUUACUCGUCCUCUGGAAGGUAGAAAGCUGCCUCAGCUCGUGACUAAUCGAGAUGCAUUGCAGCGUGGCCAGCGCGCUGACGGCGCCUCCGGUCCCUUCUCAGCUGCCGCCUACGUGCCGCCCAUCGGUCAUGCCCACGCUCGAAAUCCGUCGAACGACCCCGCCGCGCCCCUUGCAUCCAGCCUUGAUGCUGACUCGUCCCAACAAUAUGGCCCUUUUACUGCAGCACCUGCUGGUAACUGGCUAGACAAAGACAAGAUCGUCGGCAGGCUUGAUGCUGGUCAUGCCUCGAGAGGUGCUGGUUCCGAUUCGCAAGCUUGGUCGCACCAAACACAAGUUGGUCCUUACGCGGCAGGAGCCAUGGAUCCGAGUGUGAUAGCGCUAAGCAUGGCUCUAGCUCAGGAACAGCAGCGCAAUGCUAUCUUGCAGGCUCAGCUCGGAGCGCGCAGCAACGCGGGCGGGCUGCAGGAGCCGCACCUCUUUGGUAUGCAGCCAAUUGAUCUUACGGGUCCCAUGCAAUCCAUUGGCCAGCAGUUGCGAGGCGGUCCAAUGCCAAGCUCUCCACCCAUGGGCCCGGUGGGCAACCUUGCAUCGCGAGGCCAGCCAUUUGCCAUGCAGCAAUCUCCACCUCCGUUUCGGGCGCCGAUGCAUGCACUGGCCCAGUCACCGCGACCAUCGCCCGCAGGUGUUUUCGCAAGCGCAGACACCGAAGCUAUCACACCCCCCACGCCAGUCGAUCCCACGUACUUGGCGCUUCAGAAAGGGUACAAUCCGGCACCAGCUACAUUUAACCUCGCUCCUGUCAAUGCACGCUUCUUUGUUAUCAAAUCCUAUACCGAGGAUGACGUGCACAAGUCGCUCAAGUACGAGAUCUGGGCUUCCACCGACAAGGGCAAUCAACGUCUUGAUAAAGCGUUCCGGGAAAGUGCACAUAACAGCCCGAUCUAUCUGUUCUACUCGGUCAACGCUUCGGGACACUUUUGCGGUAUGGCUCAAAUGCUCACACCCCUGGACUACGCCACCUCGAGCAAUGUGUGGGCGCAGGACGGCAAGUGGAAGGGGACGUUCAAAGUACGAUGGAUUUACGUCAAAGAUCUGCCCAACAAUCAGCUCCGACACAUUCGUCUGACCAACACGCCGGAAUGCAAGCCAGUGACGCAGUCACGCGACACACAGGAGUUGACUCCUGAAGCGGGAAGGGAGGUGUUGAGGAUCAUGGCCGAGUACAGUGCCAAGACGAGCUUGUUGCAGGAUUUCAAUUUCUACGAGAUGCAGGCUCGGACGGGGGGCGGACAACUGGCGCAGCAAGGGAGCGCGGCCGUCGGAAUGGGAGGCUUGCCACCGAGAAACAGUCCCAAGCCAAGUGGAUCACCUGCGCUUGGAUUCGGUGGAUCGAGCUUCGCUGCAAGCGCAGAUGCCAAUUUCGCACAUAGGUCUGGCGUCAGUGCUUCACCCAAUAGCGGAGCACGUCGUGCCCAGUCCAGUGGAAUCUCACAACGUCCUCACGGUAGUUCCGGAUCAGGUCUGGCUCCAGGCACGCCUCGGUCUGCUGUACAGCCGAUCCAGGAUCUACGUAGCGAUAAAGCAAACCAUGCUGCGCCUGGCACUUGCACCGACGCUGAGUCGGCAGCACAAGUCGCCGGCCUCGCACCUUCUGCUCUGUAA